CAUGCUUUGUAAGCCACACAUCCUCUUUCUUCAUGGGGGAACAAAAAAACAAAAAGAAACAAGGAAUUUCUAGCAGAAACCGAAAUAAUUAUUCUUUUGGUUUGGUUUAAUAAUCCUCCUCUCAACUUUGCAUUUAGCCAUCUCUUUCCCCGGUUAAGAGCUAAUUUUGACUCAGUUCCGGAAGAAACAUAUGGAGUUGGCUGUAGAGAAACACGAGGAGAUCCAAAUUUUCUCAAGCUUCUUUGUGACUUCUGCAUUUUAUUUCUUUAAUUUUUGGUACUUUCCUUAACUUUGGUCAACUCAACAUUUUACAAGGAUGGAGGAAGCAGACAAUACAAAAGGAAACAAUCCUUCUGAGUCAUUACAUGUUACUGAAGUCUCGUUGCCAAAGGAUGAAUAUGAAAUAAAGAGUUUAUUUGAAACAAAAAAAAAUAUCAAACCAGAUUUGGAAUCCGGAACACAAGUUUCUUAUGCUGACAACUCCAUAUCAUAUCAACCAAGAGAAGACCAGAGUGAAUUAUCCAUUUUAGAAGGAAAUUUAACUUUGAUGCCUCCAUCAUCUCCAUCACAUGUGAAACCAGCUGAAACAUUAGAACCAUUUAUAGAUACAUCACCUUUAGUAUUGGCCGAUUCAGAGAAGUCAAUGCUUGAAGAGGAAAAGCCAAAAGAAUAUGAUGCAGUAUUACUGAAUCCCUCUAUAGACCUACUUGGAGACAUUAUAGUUUCUCCUAACAAAGACAACACUAAUGAAGAUUAUUUCACUCUCCCCCCUGAAGUGUGGGUAUCUGAUGAAAGUUUGAAUCCAUUAGUGCAACCUGAUUUUGGUGGCCAUGUCCAAGAUGAUGUUUCUAAUAAUUUAGUGUCACUAAAUGACCAUGAUGAACCCCAAGACAAGGUUUCCAGUAAUCAUCCCCUAGACAAGGUCUCUGGUGAUCAUUCCCUAGACAAGGUUUCUAGUGAUCAGCCCCUAGACAAGGUUUCAAAUCAUCUAGUGACACCAGGUAGCAUUGAUCAGCCCCUAGACAAGGUUUCAAAUCAUCUAAUGACACCAGGUAGCAUUGAUCAGCCUAUAGCAAAAGUUUCAAAUUCAUCAUUAACUUCAGAUGACAUCAGCCAACAAAUAUCAGAAGUGCCCAUUCAAUCAGUGUCAUUAGAUGACAUUGAUCAACCAUUAACCAAAGCUUCCACUCUUUUACUGGCAUCGGAUGAUGAUGCUAGUCGACGACUAGCCAAAAUCUCCACCUUCACGGCUAAACCGUCAGCCUCUUUCCCAUCUAAGCACUCCGAUAAUGGUGGGAUAAACAGAGUUCAGAUUGACACCGCAAUGCCCAUUGAAUCUGUGAAACAUGCUGUUUCUAAAUUCGGAGGAAUUGUUGACUGGAAGGCUCAUCGAGAACAGACUGUGGAGAGGCGGAAGUGUAUUGACCAGGAGCUAGAGAAGCUGCAGGAGGAAAUUCCAAUAUUCAAACAACAGUAUGAAUCUUCUGAAGAAGCAAAAGUCCAAGUCCUGAAGGAGUUAGACAGCACCAGAAGGCUUAUAGAAGAACUGAAGCUUAACUUAGAGAGAGCGAAAACAGAAGAACAACAAGCUAGACAAGAUUCUGAACUUGCGAAACUGAGAGUUGAAGAGAUGGAGCAAGGAAUUGCGGAUGAGGCUAGCAUAGCAACCAAAGCCCAACUCGAGGUCGCCAAAGCCCGACAUGCAUCUGCAGUGUAUGAACUCCAAACUGUGAGGUCUGAGCUAGAACAACUUCGUGAGGACUACACAGUUUUGGUUUCUGAGAGAGACGUGGCGGUGAAGAAGGCAGAAGGAGCCAUUUCUGAAUCGAAAGAAGUUGAGAAGUUGGUUGAGGACCUGACAGUUGAAUUGAUAACAAUGAAGCAAUCUCUUGAGGCGGCACAUGCUGCACAUCUAGAGGCGGAGGAUCACAGAAUUGGAGCGGACUUGGACAGAGAGCGAGACACUCUUUACUGGGAGGAAGAAGUGAAGAAGGCUGAAGUUGAACUCGAGAGGUUAAACCAACAGAUCCUUUCUGCAAAGGAUCUCAAAUCGGAGCUAGACAAUUCUUUGUCUUUGUUACAUGACUUGAAAGCAGAACUUGCUGCUUAUAUGGAAACAAAACCUCAACAGCAGGAAACCGAUGGGAAAAGAACUCAUUGUGAAAUACAAGCAGCAGUGGAAUCAACUAGAAGGGAGAUCGAAGAAGUGAAAGUUCAAGUGGAGAAGGUAGCUACCGAAGUGAAUUUAUUGAAAGUGACCGCCACAUCAUUAAAUUCAGAACUAGAAAAAGAAAAAGCAGAACUCAUCACUGCUCAACAACGAGAAGAAAUGGCAUCCAUAUCUGCCACAUCUAUUGAAGCAGAGUUGAAUAGAACAAAAUCAGCAAUUUCCCUAGCACUUAUAAAAGAGAAAGAAGCAAAAGAAAAGAUGGUGGAGCGUACAAAGCAGUUGCAGGUGGUUUCUCAAGAUGCAGAACGGGCAAAGUCUAUUGCUGAAGCAACACAUGCAAUGCUAUGUAGGGCAAAGGAAGAAGCAGAGCAGGCAAAGGCAGGGCAGAAUACAAUCGAGAGCCAAUUACUUUCAGUUCAUAAAGAGAUAGAAGCUGCAAAGGCUUCAGAGAAAUUAGCACUGGCAGCUAUGGAUGUACUGGAAGAAAGUGAAUCCGCUCGUAAAAACAAUGAAGGGGAUUCACCAACCGGAGUAAAAAUUUCCUUAGAAGACUAUUACGAGUUAAGCAAACAGGCACAUGCAGCAGAAGAUGAAUCAAACACAAGGGUCACUGCUGCUAUAUCUCAAAUUGAUGUCGCCAAAGAGUCAGAACUCAAGAGCAUGAAGAAGCUUGAGGACGUAAAUCACGAGCUUGAUGAAAAACGAAAAGUUCUAGAAGCUGCAUUGCGCAAAGCCGAGGAAGCCAAGGACGCUAAGCUUUCUAUGGAACAGGAGUUGAGGAAAUGGAGGGAAGUGCAUGAGGAAAGAAGAAAAACCAGUGAAUCUAUUAACCGAAAUAAUAAUAGCCCGAGAAUUAGCAUUGAAGAUAGAAUAGGAUUGGAGACAUCAUCUACUCUUCAUCAUAGGUCCCCAAAAGGAGGAUUAAAUGAAAGUGGUCAUGAAGAUUCUCUUGUGCAUGAAAGUGGUGUAGAGAAUGAGCCAUCCUCUGAAGUGACAAAGUCAACAAAGAAAAAGAGAAGGUCCUUCUUCCCUCGAAUCUUCAUGUUCUUGGCCAGAAAGAAAACUUCCAAGACAACAUAAUGAUCUUUAUGCAAACUGACCUUGUACUCCGCUUUUAUGGAAUGUUGAUAGGUUCACUGCGUACGUAUAUGUAAUUUUCACAUAAAUUAGAGUGUACUUGUGGAUAAUUGUUUUGUGUACAUACCGAUAUAUGUAGCGAUGAUAUUGUUUUUUAAUGCAUAUUUUAAACCCUUUCUUUAAUUGUCAAAUAUAAGCCAUAG